ACAGUCUCUGCCUGACUCUUUAACCUCAGUCAACAGAAUACUGUUCUUGUCUUUGCUGAAUCCCUCAAUGGAUUCAGCUUGAUUGAUCGUAAUGAGUUUGAGGAGCACAGACAUGGCAGGAAGUGCACUGGGAACGGCCUUCUCACUCCUGCUCCUUGCCUGUAUUAUACAAGGUGUCCAGAAUUUUGAGAUGUUCUAUCAUGAAAAGAUGGAGGCAACAGUGGGCCAGGACAUUGCGUUACCCUGUACUGUAAAAAGCAGUACUGAUCUCAAGAUUGUCAGCAUUGAAUGGAGUAAGAAUAGAAAUAGAACCACAAAGCUGGCUCUGUACAGCCCAGUACAUGGACACCAUAAAUUUUGGCCGAAUGUCAGCAUCCAGGUUGAGCAGAACUCUCUGGGUUCCUAUCUAAAUCUGCUUGGAGUGACAAAAACUGACAGUGAUAUCUAUAUCUGUGAGAUCACAACCUUUCCUCUGGGCUCCAUCAGGAGAGAAACUGAGCUAAAGAUUAAAGAUGAAGUUAAAAUAAUGUGUGAUGUGGACAACACUGUAGAGGUCCAGGCUGGAGAAAAUGUGACCAUUCAGUGCAGAAUGAUCCCUAAUGCACAGUACAGGUGGACCAAGAACAACAAGCUGGUGUCAGAGAAUGAAUCUCUUGAGCUUUCACGGGUAACUGUUGCUGACACAGGGGUUUACAAGCUGACUGUCAACACAGGAAACAAAAGCCUGCAUAAAGAGUUUAUCAUCAAGUUUCCAAAGGCAACCACAAGCUUACGGCCAGAUCCUGUGCCAGUAACACCACAGUCUGAUGUAAAUGUGAAUGGGCUGACCAAAUCAACAGACAGCAGCCUUACCACACCACCAUCCUCUGGGCUUUCAACCACUGACAACAGUGCAACUUGGACCACAAGGAUGGGCACUGAUGUAACAGAUGAUAGUCCAAACCCCAGUGACCUUACAGCAACAGCUGGACAGAAUAUGACCUCUUAUAUAAAUCGUAAACAUAUCAGCAUCACACCAUCAUCUACCACACACACUGACCCCCGUCACUUCAACAGCUCCAGUGAUCCGAGCCAAUCAGUCCCCAGAAGUCUUUCUACAACAUUAAGGAAUAGCGUGUUCAGAUCAACACCAGACACGACAGAUGAGCCCACGCUGCAUGCGGUGCAUCCAGAAAUCAAUUCUUCAGCAAGUCCAGAAGAUUCCAGCCCUAAGGGAGAGUUUACAGAAAACUCUGACAACCCUGGUGCAGCUCCAACUCUGAACACAGGACAUACAGUAACUGUGAAAGUUGAAGAGACUAACGGUGCACAGAGUUAUCUGUUGUUGGUGCUCACCAUUCCCAUGGUGGUAUUGAUUGCCUUGGCUGGCUUCAUCUGCAGGAAACAACUUAUAAAACGGAGGAUGGAUAUGCCUCCUCCAUUCAAACCUCCCCCUCCUCCAGUCAAGUAUACAUCUGCAAGACACCAUGAGGUCUCAGCACAGCUUUUCCCCACGUCAAGGUGUAACUCAAUAACAGAAUAUGAAGAUAUAAAAGAAACAUUUAUUAACAGAUGAUGCCUCAUAUAGUGCACAAUGGCAGCUGUGGUCAGUUUUGAACUGCAGUCACUCAGCAGUUGCGGGCAAUAGUAUAAUAAAAUAAUAAAAAUAUACUAAAAAAUAGUAUACCUGAGCUGCGUGUUUAUGUCUGAGGUGGGUAAGGUGGCUUCAAUAUAAAAUGUGUUUUAUAUUUUUCCAUCAAAUGUAUUACAGUUGUCUAACAUAUGAAAAGCUGGUUUGAUUUAACUCUUUUAAACUCUGUGUGACUCUAUCACCCUAUUGGUGUUAUUGUUUUCCUUCUGUGACAGUGUUUCAAUAUUGUAAGUUCAGUGUGUUUCAAUUUGUAAUGCAGUCGUUUGGAUUAUUGUGGACUAUUGUAUCUCAAUAGUAAACAAGUCUUCUGUUAGAAAAAAAUAAAAACAAAACUGGUGGAGCAAUGUAA